CUCGUCGUACUUACUCAAGGAGCGGGGAAUUAGGGAAUUAUGUCUUGGUCCGACUCGUUGUCCGAGACGGGAGGAGGCGGUCACUCACUGCAAGGCGCCCGCGACCUGGGCAGCGGCGGCGCCCGCCGCCGCGGCCGUGUUGGGGUCGGAGAUGUCCUUGGUCGCCUCGUAAACGGCGUAGUCCUGGAGCGGCGUGGUCUCCUCCGGCUCAGGCACCGGAGCGGGAAGCGUCGUCGCGUUGCCGACUUCGAUCUCGGGCGUCGUCGGAGCGGGGGCAGGAAGCGUCGCCGCGGGGCCGACGACGAGCGACGGGCAGGGCGUGGUCCAUGGACUUCGACGCCUACACGGGCCGCUGGUACAACGUCUACUACAACUAUCCGACACUCGCCUUCUCCCAGCCCGACUGCGCGACGGCGUAUUACGGCAAGAUCACGUCGGCGGAAUUCCCGGCCAUAUCCGUCAACAACAGCGGGCUGUGCUCGAGCCCGAACGCGAUCGGGUGCACGGGCAACCCGUCGACGAUUGACGGCGGGACAGCGACUUACAUCCUCGGCACGGCGUCGAAGGACGACGCCUCGACUGACGGCGACCUCAACCUCCAGUUCACGGGCGUCCCGCGCGCGUCGGUUUACAGCAUCAUCAAGCUCGGGCCGAAGACCUACGGCGCGGGGUACUACGAGUACGCCGUCGUCGGCGGCGAACUGUUCCUGUACGUCCUGGCUCGCGACGUCGACGCGUAUUUCGAGAAGUCCGGUGCUGUGUCGAAAUCACAAAUUCAGGCGCCCAACGCGUAUCCACAGGUACGACGACGAGGUGCAGGACUUUUUGAAGGACAGCGGCUACAAGGGCUUUCUCCUCAAGCCGCGCAAGAACAACCAGGACAACUGCCCGGACGUCAUCUACGAACCGAACGCGUUCGACGCUUCUACGCCGCCGCCCGUCCUCGCCGCCGAUCAAGAAGCCACGUCGUCGUCGUGCACGCGCGACGCCUACGGCAAGUGCGUGCCCGCCGGCUGCGCGUCCUAUUUUGAUGGAUGCAACACGUGCAACGUGGGCGCGGUGCUGGGCUGCACGAUGAUGUACUGCGACAAGCCGCAGGAGCCGAAGUGCCUCGCGUACAUCGGUGAGACGGAAAAGAACUAGAUAUAAACACGUUAAGCAGC